AUGGCCAGCCCCGAAGAGCCGCUCGCUCCCCGCCCCCAAGCCCCCCUGCCCGCAGCCGGGGACCAGCCCCACUCCGGCCACGGCAAACUCCGCCCGGAGCCCCGGCGCAGCGCGGCCGGCGGGGGGAGCGCGGCGGGCCCGGGCCCAGCCCCAGCCCCCGAGCGGCCUGCCCGUGGCCGGGCCGAGCGCGCCGCGCCCUCGCGCCCGCCCCCCUCCUGCGCAGGCCGCGCCAGCCCGGCGGGGGGCCCCGGCGCCCAGACUGCGCGCGGCAGCAGCGGCGGCGGCGGCUGGGUCCCGGCCCGCGCUCUCUUCGCGCUCGCCUUCUCCUCCUCUGUCCCCUCCCCCUCUCCAUCUUCCUUUUACUUCUGGUCGCCGCCCCCACUGCCCCCUCCUCCUCUGGUCCCCUCCUCCUCUGCCUUCCACCUCCCCGUGCGGCUCCCAGGAAGGCAGGGCGCAGCGGCGGCGGCUCGAGGAGGCGGCGGCGAUGCUGGCGGCAGCGGCGGAGGACAAGAGGCGGCUCCCGUGAGCGUCCCCCCCAGCACGAGUCCCCGCGGCGGCGGUGGCAGCGCCGGCGGGCGGCGGCGGCUCUUUCUCUCCCCUGCGCUCCUGGGUUGGCUGCUUCCAGCCCGCGCCGGGCCCCGGCCGCCGCCGCCGCCCCGGCUGCCUCUCUGCCCAGCUGCCCGCCGCGCGGGCUCCUCCGGCUCUCCGGGCGCCGGCGUGGACGGCCCCGGCCCCGGUCUCGGCCCCAGCGCAGGAGGCGGCCGGACUUCGCGGCGGCCCGGAGGCGCCGGCUUCGCCCUAGCGGCUGCGGCCCGGCUGCUGUUGGGCUCCGACAUGGAAGAUGGACCUUCUAAUAACACGAGCUGCUUCCGAAGGUUGACGGAGUGUUUCCUGAGCCCCAGUUUGACAGAUGAAAAAGUGAAGGCGUAUCUCUCUCUUCACCCCCAGGUAUUAGAUGAAUUUGUUUCUGAGAGUGUUAGUGCGGAGACGGUAGAGAAAUGGCUGAAGAGGAAGAACAACAAGCCCGAAGACGAGACGGCGCCUAAGGAAGUCAGCAGGUACCAAGAUACGAAUAUGCAGGGCGUCGUGUACGAGCUGAACAGCUACAUCGAGCAGCGGCUGGACACGGGCGGGGACAACCAGCUGCUGCUGUACGAGCUCAGCAGCGUCAUCAAGAUAGCCACCAAAGCUGAUGGAUUUGCACUGUAUUUCCUUGGCGAGUGCAAUAAUAGCCUGUGCGUGUUCACCCCGCCCGGGGUCAAGGAGGGUCGGCCGCGGCUCGUCCCUGCGGGGCCCAUCGCCCAGGGCACCACCACCUCCGCCUACGUGGCCAAGUCCCGGAAAACGCUGCUCGUGGAGGACAUCCUCGGGGACGAACGCUUCCCCAGAGGCACGGGGCUGGAGUCGGGGACGCGGAUCCAGUCCGUCCUCUGCCUGCCCAUCGUCACGGCCAUCGGCGACCUCGUGGGCAUCCUGGAGCUGCACCGGCACUGGGGCAAGGAGGCCUUCUGCCUGAGCCACCAGGAGGUCGCAACGGCAAACCUCGCCUGGGCUUCCGUGGCCAUCCACCAGGUGCAGGUGUGCAGGGGGCUGGCCAAGCAGACGGAGCUGAACGACUUCCUGCUGGACGUCUCCAAGACAUACUUCGAUAACAUCGUCGCGAUAGACUCUCUACUUGAACACAUCAUGAUAUAUGCAAAAAACCUGGUGAAUGCAGACCGCUGUGCACUUUUCCAGGUGGACCACAAGAACAAGGAGCUGUACUCGGACCUUUUUGAUAUUGGGGAGGAGAAGGAAGGAAAGCCCGUCUUCAAGAAGACCAAAGAGAUCAGGUUCUCCAUCGAGAAGGGCAUCGCCGGGCAGGUGGCGAGGACGGGGGAAGUGCUGAACAUCCCGGACGCCUACGCGGACCCGCGGUUCAACAGAGAGGUGGACCUGUACACGGGCUACACCACCCGCAACAUCCUGUGCAUGCCCAUCGUGAGCCGCGGCAGCGUGAUCGGCGUGGUGCAGAUGGUGAACAAGAUCAGCGGCAGUGCCUUCUCCAAAACGGACGAGAACAACUUCAAGAUGUUUGCCGUCUUCUGUGCUUUAGCCUUACACUGUGCCAACAUGUACCACCGGAUCCGGCACUCGGAGUGCAUCUACCGGGUCACCAUGGAGAAGCUGUCCUACCACAGCAUCUGCACCGCGGAGGAGUGGCAGGGCCUCAUGCGCUUCUCGCUGCCCGGGCGGCUCUGCAAGGAGAUCGAGCUGUUCCACUUCGACAUCGGUCCCUUUGAAAACAUGUGGCCCGGCAUCUUUGUCUACAUGAUCCACCGCUCCUGUGGGACAUCCUGCUUCGAGCUGGAAAAGCUGUGUCGCUUCAUCAUGUCCGUGAAGAAGAACUACCGGCGCGUCCCGUACCACAACUGGAAGCACGCGGUGACCGUGGCGCACUGCAUGUACGCCAUCCUCCAGAACAACGGCGGGCUCUUCACCGACCUGGAGCGCAAAGGGCUGCUGAUCGCGUGCCUGUGCCACGACCUGGACCACAGGGGCUUCAGCAACAGCUACCUGCAGAAGUUCGACCACCCGCUCGCCGCCCUCUACUCCACGUCCACCAUGGAGCAGCACCACUUCUCCCAGACGGUGUCCAUCCUGCAGCUGGAAGGGCACAACAUCUUCUCCACGCUGAGCUCCAGCGAGUACGAGCAGGUGCUGGAGAUCAUCCGCAAAGCCAUCAUCGCCACCGACCUGGCGCUCUACUUCGGGAACCGCAAGCAGCUGGAGGAGAUGUACCAGGCCGGCUCGCUGAACCUGAACAACCAGGCCCACAGGGACCGCGUCAUCGGCUUGAUGAUGACCGCCUGCGACCUUUGUUCUGUGACCAAGCUGUGGCCGGUUACAAAGUUGACGGCAAACGACAUAUACGCGGAGUUCUGGGCUGAGGGCGACGAGAUGAAGAAGCUGGGGAUUCAGCCCAUCCCUAUGAUGGACAGGGACAAGAGGAACGAGGUCCCCCAGGGCCAGCUCGGCUUCUACAACGCGGUGGCCAUCCCCUGCUACACCACCCUCAUGCGGAUCUUCCCGCCCACGGAGCCCCUGCUGCGCGCCUGCAGGAACAACCUCAGCCAGUGGGAGAAGGUGAUCCGCGGGGAGGAGAGCGCGGUGUGGCUGACCUCCCAGCCGGCGGCCCCCGGCCCCUCGGAGACGCUGCCCGUCAAGAUCGACGACUGAUGCCCGAGCCGCGCUGCCUGCAGAUGCUCGUCCCACUGCUUUGACUUUUCUGACUUUUAUUUUUGUGGGGGAACCUACACCCGGAAACCGGGAUGCCGGCCUCACCCAGAAGGUCACGCCGAGGAGACCCGCCCCGCAGACGACUCCCCGAACGCCUCGUCGGUGUCUCAUCCCAGACAGUGUCCAGGCAGGACCCCGGCGGGGCCGGGAAGCUGCAUCCGGGGGCUGCGCCAGCCUCGCCAGCCGGCCCUUUCCAGCGGGCUGACACUGCCCGGGCCUCGAGGGGACGGACGGACGGACAGAAGGCAGGCGGCCGGGGUCCUGCCCACUGCGUCUCUCUAGGGAGGGUGUGCAAUGGUACUGUGACGACGCCGUGCUUUGGCUUCAGCACCAGUGUUGCUUCGAUGUUGUCGGUUAUAAAUAGGGAUUUCUACACAUCACUGUCGUGGACGCGCCUGUGUGGUCUGCUUGUGCGUGGCGUGAGUGGCAGCAGAUGGCCGGCCCCGGGAUGGGCGGUGGUGCGGCUGCCGCCCAGGAGGCCCUUUCUGCAGCCUGCGGUGGGGGCCGGGCUCCUGCUUCCGAGCCGGGCGGGCUGGACGUCUGCCCUGGGCCCUCCGUGUGUGCGCAGGGGGCUCAGGUGGGCGGCCGAACCCCGCGGGCGGGCGGCAGGCUCCUGGCCCCCGAGAGGAGCCGCCGGCUCGCGCGCGGGUCGCCUGCAGAAGUCCCCGUGUCGGUUCACAGGAUGUCAGAGAAUAUUUUUUUAAAAAAUCUUUCCUUGCAGUCUUGGCAAAUUCACUAGUCAUUUUGCAUAAAGAACAAAAUUAAAGCAAGGCAUAUGAUUUUUUUUUUAACGGACAAGUCUUACAGAUAAAAAAAUGUGAAUUUUGAGUAAUGAUGUCUUUCUAUUGUCACUCCGCGUCAUGGCAGAAUUUUAGAGUCACGUUCAGAAUGAAAGGUUUACUCGGCAAAUCAUUUCAUCAGCAUUCGUUUCCCCUGAAAUCAAAUGAAACCAUCAACUUCGUCUUCUGUAAUUUUUCUCUUACCUGCUGCAGCAUCGCCCCGCCCCGCCCCGCCCCUCCUCCUGCCGCUCAGUCUUCCCGCCCAGGUCCGGUGGACCUCGGGGAGGGACCGGAGCCCGAGCGGGCGAUCGGGCAGGGGAGGCCAGGAGCCCAGAGCGAGCGAUCAGAGCAGAACUCUGCUCCGCUCGGCUCAGCGCCCGGAGUCUGCACAGGAACCUGUAGUUUGGGGAGUUUCUCUUGCGUCACUUUGGCUGGUGUCACUCCCCAGUGUAAACGUUUUGAGAGCAUACGCAGAGGUGGUAGUAGUGUGGACCCUUUCCUGUGGACCCUGUGAGCCCAGGAGUGUGGUUCUGGUGCGUGGUAACGCUCCAGUGCGUGUGGCUACAGAGAGCCUUGUCGGGACAACCCAGCAGCCUCCGAACGUGGGGCCUUCGGUCAGUCCUGACCUGGAGGAAUUAGCCGAGCGUCUCAGCAUGUGACAGGCUGACCCACCACAAGUCUACUCUUUAUGUGGCAAGAAACUGGUAUAAUCCUUUCAAUAAAACACAUUUUAAAAUAUUCUUCUGCAUACUCAGUACUGUACACAGGGUUUUUCAUAUGAGCUUGGUUUUUGCAAAUACCAAUCAGUUGUUUCUACAACAGGGUUUAUUUAUGUUGCAGCAAAGAGAGCUGUACAUAAACAUUGUUCUUUUUAAAAAAUUAACACCAUGUGUUCAAUUUCCUUACGGGCUCCUGAAAGUUGCCACCUCCCCUGCAGGGAGCCCCCAGUGCUGUGGCGGUUGCACCGGAGGAGGUGGGUGCACCAGCUAGAGAGAGAAACACCGCUCUGGCUAGAUACACACACACACGUAGCUGUGUGCAUGCAUGUAUGUAGACAUACACAUGCAUGUAGACACAAACACGUGUGUGAGAGAAGCAAACCCAUCUAUGAAAAACAGAAAUGAGCCACAUCCUUCAAACACAGUGAUUUUUCGUGUUGGAACAUGUAAUAGUGUUUGACCAAACACUGACCAGACGGUACCCUUUCAUGUUAGUCUUUUCACAGAAUUGAGCUUUUAAAAGCUUCAUACUUUUUGGCAUCUAAACUGAUGAAACUUCCCCAGCAAAUUUGACUUCAGUGGCAGGCGAACUCGGCCGGCGGGUCACCCUGGAGACCGCACUGCGAGGGCUGAGUGUCGUUGGGGACGGCCGGUCCCAAGCGCCGGCUGCAGGAGGGCGCGCCGGCCCUGCUCCUUGCCGUAGAACACAGCUCGCGAGGUCCGAUGGCAUUCGAAGGUCGCUGUUCCACUAGAGGAUUGCAGAAUGUUCUUUUACUUCAGUGUAGCCAGGUGUACUCCAUGGACUUCUGAACAGUGUCCUGAAAAUGUGUGUGGAUUUGUUGGUUGGUUGAUGUCCUGUGAAAUACUGUCAUUGUAGAGACAAAGUCUGAGCCGAGGACUGUAUUCUAACGCUGACGAUGAACACUGCCUGCACCGUGUGUCAGAUUGACCUAGGAAUCACAGGUCUGUCUGAAGUAAGUGCUCCCAGGACAAGGUGGUACUUAGUCGAUGAUCUGCUUUUGAGAAAAAGUGCAGUGAGCAGUAUUUUUCUGUUAUUUCAGUGGAUAUAUUUAGCAGGCAAACUCCAUAGUGGUGUUCUCAUUUUUUUCCUAAAUUUUUUCUUAAAAGGGUAGAUGGUUUUUAUCACCAAAAGUUUUGAUGAGUUGCUCGUUAAGCUGGUAUUCUCUGUUGGGCUAAAGUUUCCUGUUCCGUCUAAACCUGGUAACAAGCCACCAGUGUUGGUAGAAUGUUCAGUUUCCAGACAUUUUCAUGGGUUGUGCUGAUUUAUAAUGGACACAGUUUUUAUUACCAAAUGCAGUUAUUCCAUUAUUUUUUCAGAGAUGACGAACCUAUUUUCUAACUAGAAAUUUUCUUGGAAAUGCACGCCGACGACAUGAAACACGGAUCUUGGGCAGUGGAAUGACGUUCUGGAAAAUGCAGGCAUCUUCUCAGUGGUUGACUGCGGCACACCGGGCGGGGGUGCGGCGGGUCUGGAGAGUGGCUGCCAGGGAAGGCCCUUGUCCCGGGGCGGGGAGGGGGCCUGGGCCCCGGCGACGGCUGUUUCUAAGGGGCAUGUGCGAAGCCCCCACCUCCCCUCCUCUCUGACUGUCCCUCACGCAGACGAGGCCACGCGAGGUGACUGUUCACAGCCACGGAGCAGAACUCCCUCAAAACGAGACUCGUUCAGUGUAGGUUUCCUCUUUUUCGCAUGAUUUUUAGUUUUUUUUUUAAACUUUUGUGCAUUCUCAGUGGAUUUUGCUUCGUUGGAAUGUUCGGGCAUGCUAGGCGUGUUCGUACGCAACGCAGUCUAGCCACACACACCCUUUGCUACCUAGGUGUUUAGCAACACACGUAGUUUUCAGCUUUACGUUCCGGCCUUUGAACUCGAAGUUGAGGUUUGAGCUUUAAAUAGGACUAAGUUACCAUACCUUGCUCGUGCCUUUCUUUUAAAUACUGUAAUUUUUCAUCUUCAUCUAUUUCUUAUUUUGCUCUUCUUGCUUAACUAUAAUCGAAGACAUUGAAAGGGACCCAUCUUUGGGUGAAGUCACCGCGUCAAAUGACCAGGACCUCAGUCCCCUGACCGGUCCCUCCCUCUCUGGGAUUCCAGUUACCCUCAGUGGCCGCCGUGAGUGGCGCUGGUGAACGCCCAGUCUCGUCCUGCCCUUCCCGGACCUGGGACUGGCGGCGACCCGGCGUGGUCGGGCUCCAGGCACCCGCGCAUGGUUUCGACUUUGAAAACCGCUUCUAUCUUUAUAUAUUUCUGACAUGCGUUUGCUUUCUGCACUUUGCUGACUUAGGCUUUGAUUCUUUGCAGACGUUGAUUUAGCCACAUAGCAUUUCCCCUCCGUUGCGAGUGUGAGUCUGAGUUUCCAGCCACCGCGAGACGCAAGCAGCCGAGCAUGCGGCGGUCUUCCCGCCCGGGCUUGUCGGCGGCCCGUUUGCAUCAGUAUUUCUCCUGAUACUCAUUUCGCCAGUUUCUUUAAAGACUCGUCCUAAGUUUUCAUCGAUUCGUGCUCCCCAGUCCAGUGCGUACACUUCUUGUUUUCUGUCUUUUUUUUAAACUGGACGUUUUGAUUGGUGGAAGCGUUAGAUGCAUUUCCGUGAUGAUAAAAACAGUGACAAGAACCAGUCCCGUUCUGGUUGUAAAUCGUUAAAAGAUGGAGCGAAGAGAAACACACAGAUGCUUCCCGAGAAACACGUUGAAACUCUGAAGCAGCAUCGUUCUCUUCACUCGGCUGCUAAGUCUCUUCC